GCGCAGAGGUCAAAGGCCAACAAGGCUUGUCAACAAAGGAACCGUCAGCGGCUCCGUGAGGGGCUGGUGCUAUGGCAACGUCGCACGCCCCCGACGCCUGAGCGCUGCAGAGUUGGGGCCACGAUCUAGAGCCGGCUGCGGGGCCUUGGACAGCAGCAGCGGCGGUGGCCAGGCUGAGGCGGACGGCGGUAAGCAGCGGCAGAGCGCGCGCCGGCCCGGCCUGUCGUGGAAAAGAAAAUGACUUCUGCUGAGAUGCUACCAACGAGUACCAACAAUGAGAAAAUCAAAUCUGUUCAACUGCCUUCCUGUGCAAAUCCUGGCAAUCCUGUGUUUUCCUGUAUGUUGGACCCAAAGACACUCACCACCAAUAAUUUCUUGACAAACCCUCAGCUUUUACUGUUUAAAACAACUUCGAGUGAAUAUGGUGCUAUACCACCUACGUCUCAAAUGGUACCAUGUACCUACCAUCCAAAGGAUGAAACAUUUACAAAACAUUUGUUAACUUGUGGUUUGACUCAACAUAAUUAUAUAAACACUGCCAUUGACAGAAGUAGGGUAUAUGACUACCCAAAUAUGCAGCAUACUCUGUAAAAUUGUACUAUCUUACUUUUCUGAUGUAUUUACUGAAAGAACUAGUCAUUUUACCUUUGGGGAAAUAAAACGCAGGCUUGUUAUUUUUGUUGUCCAUUUUGGGAGUAAAGCGUCAAUAUAUAUUACAAUAAAACACUUUUUUAUUACAAGGAUCAAACAGUGAAUAAUUGUUAAUAUUUUAAGUGAGUAUUUGUUAAUACAUUUCUGUGCAUCAACCCAUACAGAAAUAAAGAAUAUCUCUUGAAAUGAA